UUAGCAUUGUUCUAAAAUCAUUCGUAGCCCGAUUUUCCUAAUACUGCAUGCUUAAUUAAAUUCAAUCACGCGUAACCCAGAUUAAUCUUGGCUAGGCGCGUGUCCGGUGCCCAGAUUAUCCUGCUUCUCUCCUUUUGGACUUGUGAUGUUACUGCGAUUAUGAAGAUAAAUUUAUGGCUCCUCCGUCUUUCAAAGUUGAGCUCCCAAAGCUUACUUUCCUAGUUUAAGCUUCAAUUUCAUGGUUCUGGUUCCGGAGUUUGAUCGUGAACUGUGUUUCUUCUUCAAUUUGGGUUUUUUGUAUUCGAUGCAAAACAGUUUUCUUUUACCAUCGUAGAAGUAUGUUUUGCGUUUCUGAAACUUAAAUGGUUACAUUGACGAUGACUGUGUCGCCUUUUAUGCAGUUCGUGAGUCUGAGGAGUAACCUGGUUAUUGGUUAAUCAGCUGUUGCGAUGGCUAGUCUGCUCUCUACCUCUUGUUUGAAUACUUAUUUAAGCCCUACAAUUCACCACAGGCUAUCAAAGAAAAGCAGGGUUAUUAUCCCUAACAAAUCCUUUCAGCUGAAAACUUUGGACUCACCAAAAGAGCUCAUCUCAAGAAUGAAAUGGUCGAAAAGAAACACCAUCAAUGCCAAGGCUGUUUCGGUUGGUCAAGAAAGAAAAAUUGAUAUGGCUUCCGGAGUUAACGUAACCACUAAUAGAAGAAAAGUCAUGGUUAUUGGUGGUGAUGGCUAUUGUGGAUGGGCCACCGCUCUCCACCUAUAUAUCCAACAAAAACUACGAGGUUUGUAUUGUAGACAACCUGGUUCGUCAACUUUUUGACAACCGGCUUGGGCUUAACUCUCUCACCCCGAUUUCAUCCAUCCACAAUCGAAUUAGCCAUUGGAAAUCACUCACUGGAAAAGAUCAACAUCCAACUCUUUAUUGGUGACAUUUGUGAUUUUGAGUUCUUGGCAGAAGCAGUCAAAUCUUUUGAACCAGAUGCCAUUGUCCAUUUUGGGGAACAAAGGUCCGCUCCUUAUUCAAUGAUUGACAGGUCGAGAGUUGUUUUCACUCAACAUAAUAACGUGAUCGGUACGCUUAAUGUCCUGUUUGCCAUAAAGGAGUUCAGUGAAGAGUGUCAUCUGGUGAAACUCGGGACAAUGGGCGAAUAUGGUACCCCAAACAUAGACAUUGAAGAGGGUUACAUAACAAUCACACACAAUGGAAGAACCGAUACUCUUCCAUAUCCCAAACAAGCAAGCUCCUUUUCAUCAUUUGAGUAAGGUCCAUGAUUCCCAUAAUAUCGCAUUCGCUUGCAAGGCAUGGGGUAUAAGAGCCACUGAUUUAAACCAGGGAAUUGUGUAUGGGGUUAGAACAAAUGAGACUGGAAUGCAUGAGGAACUGGUUAACCGAUUCGAUUAUGACGGAGUUUUUGGGACUGCCUUGAAUCGUUUCUGUGUUCAGACUGCUGUUUGGACACCCUCUCACUGUCUAUGGUAAAGGAGGACAGACCAGAGGAUACUUGGACAUUAGAGUUACAGUGCAGUGUGUUAAGCUGGCAAUUGCAAAUCCUGCAAAGCAAACAGUUCUGGCCCAGAAAGUUGUGGCCCAGAAAGUUGGGGCCCAGAAAUAUUAGCUCAAUACUCCGUAGAUAAUAAGUACUCUCUCAUCAAAUUGGAGCAAUAUAAUGAUAGCAAUGUACGUAUUAGGCCAUCUCUAUCUCUAUAUAUAAUAAGCUAAGGAUGACUAAAAUAGGAAGA